AUGGCUCUUCUUGCAUCUUUUACUGCCGUUGAAAAGGCUUCUAACAUGAACCAUAAAUUCGCUUUUACUCUUAAACCCAAAAAUUACACUAAUUGGAAAACCAUGCUUCAACCGUUUCUUGAAUCCACAAACAUGUUUCCUUACAUUGAUGGUACUAUUCCAUGUCCUUCACCCACCAUCACCAAAUCUGCUUCUGGAACUGUUUCUGAAGAAUCCUUUGCCUAUGUUAAAGGUACAACGGCUAAAGAAAUAUGGGACAACUUGGAACGAGGUCAUGCGCCCCACACUCAAUCCCGGGAAUAUACACUCAAAUCUCAACUUAUGAGAAUUGAGAUGAAAGGAGAUGAACUACCAUCCGCCUACCUUGCUAGAGCAAUGUCUUAUGCUACCGAUCUUCAAAAUAUUGGUAAAGCACUUGAUGAAACUGAUCUUGUUAUGCUUAUUCUCACAGGUCUUCGGGAAGAAUGCAAUGGGUUAAAAUCCAAUGUUUUGGGUCGUGAAACUCCGGUAGCCUUAUCUGAUCUUCCCACUCUACUAGCUGAUCACGAUUACAUGUUGCACAAACAACCUACUGUUGCUGCCACUUUUUCCUCGGCUUUUAAUUCAAUUUCUUGUGACAACCUUUCACUGCCGCUGCCCAACAACACUCCGGCAGCUUCUCCACAACCGUAG